AUGCUGAGCGCCGUUAAAAUGGAGGGACACGAGCAUCCGGACUGGAGCAGCAGCUACUACUACGCAGAGCCCGAGUGUUACCCCCCAGCGGCCAACAUGAACUCCAUGAGCACCUACAUGGGCACGCCUGGCAUGACGGGCACCGGCCACAUGAACGCGCAUUACGUGAGCCACCCGGUCGGGGUGAGCGGCUCUUCGGUGGCCUCCGGAAUGACGCAGAGCGCCGGGGCCGCCGCGCUGCCGCCCAGCAUGAGCCCCAUGAGCCCGCCGCCGUACGGGAACGUGCCGGUGAUGAGCCCGGUGUACGGGCAGGCCUGCGCCAUCAGACCACGGGAGUCCAAGGCCUACCGGCGCAGCUACACGCACGCCAAGCCGCCGUACUCGUACAUCUCCCUGAUCACCAUGGCGAUCCAGCAGUCCGGCAGCAAGAUGCUGACGCUCAACGAGAUCUACCAGUGGAUCAUGGACCUGUUCCCGUUCUACCGGCAGAACCAGCAGCGCUGGCAGAACUCCAUCCGCCACUCGCUCUCCUUCAACGACUGCUUCAUCAAGGUGCCGCGCGCGCCUGACAAGCCGGGGAAGGGCUCGUUCUGGACGCUGCACCCGGACUCCGGGAACAUGUUCGAGAACGGCUGCUACCUGCGGCGGCAGAAGCGCUUUAAGUGCGGGAAGAAGGCGGACAGCGAGCCGGGCUGUGAGGCCGGUGCGCCGGGCAGAGGUUCGGACUCCCCGCCCUCCUCCUCCUCCUCCUCAUCGUCACCUCCGUCAUCUGACGGAAAGGGCGCCGACCUCAAACCCCAUCGGGGAGAACCGCCAGCCUUAAGCCCAGUGCGCGUGCCCUCCCCGCUCACGCACACACAGCACCUGCUCUCGCACCACCCGCACCCGCUGCUGCUGCACGAGGCCGCGCACCUGAAAACGGAUCCCUACCACACCCACUACUCCUUCAACCACCCAUUCUCCAUCAACAACCUCAUGUCGGAGCCGCAGCACCACAAGCUGGAGCCGGUGGUGCAGUACGGAGGUUACGGCUGCCCGGUGUCCGGGGCUCUGAUGGCGGCUAAACCCGGCCUGGAGCCCGCGCACAGCGACAGCGGGUACUAUCACGGCGUGUACGGCAGGCCCAUAAUGAACUCCUCCUGA